CAAACCAGUAUUAAAGCUAAUCACUUUUCCAAAUCUAAAUUCGGUACUUGUUCUUCUGUAGCUGAUUACGACCAAUUUCAUCGUCCAAAUCUAGUGAUCUUUUGUUUCAGAUAUGGCGGCAGAUAGAAUCGGAAUUGCUAAAGAUAUUACUGAAUUGAUCGGGAAUACUCCAUUGGUGUAUCUGAACAACGUAACUGAAGGAUGUGUCGCUAGGGUUGCAGCCAAAUUAGAAAUGAUGGAACCUUGUUCAAGUGUGAAAGAUAGGAUUGGUUAUAGUAUGAUUACUGAUGCUGAGGAGAAAGGCCUUAUCAAACCAGGAGAGAGUGUAUUGAUUGAACCUACAAGUGGAAAUACUGGGAUUGGAUUAGCAUUCAUUGCAGCUGCUAAGGGUUACAAGCUAAUUAUCACAAUGCCGGCUUCAAUGAGUCUCGAGAGAAGGAUUAUCCUUCGUGCCUUUGGAGUGGAAUUGUUUAUUACAGAUCCUGCUAAAGGAAUGAAAGGUGCUAUUCAAAAGGCUGAAGAGAUAUUGGCUAAGACACCGAAUGCUUACAUACUGCAGCAGUUUGAAAACCCUGCUAACCCGAGGAUACAUUAUGAAACAACUGGACCGGAAAUCUGGAAGGGAACGAGUGGGAAAGUAGAUGCUUUCGUUUCGGGAAUUGGUACUGGAGGAACAAUUACUGGUGCUGGAAAUUUUCUUAAAGAGCAAAAUCCUGAUGUAAAGAUUUAUGGUGUAGAACCUGUUGAGAGUCCUAUUCUCUCUGGAGGAAAGCCUGGCCCACACAAGAUUCAAGGAAUUGGCGCUGGUUUUAUUCCUGGUGUGUUGGAAGUCAGUCUCAUUGAUGAAGUUAUUCAAGUAUCAAGUGAUGAAGCCAUUGAAACUGCAAAGCUUGUUGCUCUGAAAGAAGGAUUACUGGUGGGUAUAUCUUCUGGUGCUGCUGCUGCAGCGGCAAUUAAGCUUGCAAAAAGACCAGAAAAUGCUGGGAAACUGAUUGUGGUGGUCUUCCCUAGCUUUGGCGAGAGAUAUCUGUCGUCAGUGUUGUUUGAAUCUGUUAGAAAGGAAGCGGAAAGCAUGACUUUUGAGCCAUGAGAGGUUCGGUUUCAGUUUGGUGGUGGUUCGUUCAUUAUGUUUUCGUAGAAUGGACUUUACUAAAUAAAUUGAGGGACAGGAUCAAGGAGGUUGUUGUACUGUUCUAGUUGUUUUUUUUAUAUCAUGUGAUGAUUAAUACAAUCCAACUAUGUUUCCUGGUUUAUAGUCUUGAGAAAAAAAUGUUUCAUUUACAA